ACGUAGCGGCGCGGUGCCGCGGGGCGGAGGAUGGCGUGCGGCGGCGGCUGCUGCUCGGGCGCGGGGCGGCUGAACGCGGACAACGCGCGGUUCCUGCUCCUGGCGGUGCUGAUCGCGCUGUACAUGCUGUGCGGAGCCGCCGUCUUCUCGGCCAUCGAGCUGCCCGGCGAGCGGCGGGCCAAGCAGCGCUGGGAGGAGCGGCUGCAGAACUUCACCCGCCGCCACAACCUCAGCCGCGCCGAGCUCCGAGACUUCCUCCGCGAGUACGAGGAGGCGAGCGUGGCGGGCAUCCGCGUCGACGACAUCCGUCCCCGCUGGGACUUCACCGGCGCCUUCUACUUCGUGGGCACCGUCGUUUCCACCAUCGGGUUUGGCAUGACCACCCCAGCCACCGUUGGAGGCAAAAUUUUUCUUAUAUUUUAUGGCCUUAUAGGAUGUGCAGGGACCAUCUUGUUCUUUAACCUGUUCCUGGAGCGCCUGAUCACUGUCAUAGCCUAUGUCAUGAAGUCCUGCCAUGAGAGACAGCUGAGGAGGAAAGGGGUCCUCCCUCAUGACGGCCGGCGGGGCUCAGGGACCUCGGAGGCAGACAGCCUAGCAGGCUGGAAGCCCUCAGUGUACUACGUCAUGCUGAUUUUGUGUGUAGCAUCACUCAUCAUCUCCUGCUGUGCCUCUGCAAUGUACACACCGAUUGAAGGGUGGAGUUACUUUGACUCACUGUACUUCUGCUUCGUGGCCUUCAGCACCAUUGGCUUUGGUGAUCUGGUCAGCAGCCAGAACACCCACUAUGAGAGCCAAGGCCUCUACCGCUUUGGCAAUUUUGUCUUCAUACUCAUGGGGGUUUGCUGCAUCUAUUCCUUAUUUAACGUGAUCUCUAUCGUCAUCAAACAAUCCAUAAACUGGAUACUAAAGAAGCUGGACUGCAGGUGCUGCCAGAGAUGCCAAAGAAAAUUAUUUCGGUCGCGGAGGAACGUGGUAAUGCCAGGAAACGUGCGUGGGCGGAGAAACAUCUCCAUCGAAACUGACAUCAUCAACGAGAGCGACACAGAUGGACGCCGGCUGUCAGGCGAGAUGAUCUCAAUGAAGGACUUCCUGGCCUCCAACAAAGUUUCACUGGCCAUCAUGCAGAAACAGCUGUCUGAAACUGCCAAUGGCUACCCACGGCAAAUGAGCUCAAAGCAAAAUGGAUUCUCUGGUGGAGUUGGAGCCCUAGCAAUUAUGAAUAACAGACUGGCAGAGACAAGUGUGGAUAGGUAAUAUAAUACAGAACAGUAUUAUAAAAUAGUACAGGAAUAACAGUGAAUCAGUGUGAAACAUUUCAACACGUACAAAAACAAUGUGCAUCACAUGGAUAUACCUAGGGAGAGUAUUGUCCUAGGGAGAGAGUGAGGUGGAUGUGAAAAGCCUACUUUCUGUUGGAAGACCACUCACACGUUUUUGGGCUGUCACUUAAUAUCAUGGCUCUAUGAAUUGCACCAGUCUUAGCCUUCUUUCUUCCCCUCCCUUCUGUGCCUCCAACAGGCCACUGCAGGAGAAAUUCAAUCAGUUUUUCAUGUCCUUUGUUUUUCCACUUCUGCGAAAUACAGAUUUCAGGAAAGGAAAUCUGUAGUAUUGGAACAAAUCAAGAGUAUCUUCUGAACAUAUUCUCAAUUCAAAGAUUGUUUUGAGCUUUCUGUCUUAUUCUUCUCAUAAUUGUUUUCUGAAGGUAGCUUAUUUAAGACUGAAGGAGGAAUCAUUAUAAGCCUUUCUCUGUCAUAUUGCAGAUCUAAUUAGAUCUAAUGUAAUGUAAUAGGAAAAAUAACUGAAAAUAGAAGAAAAAGAAAACACAUCUAUUUUCUUUUAAAUGUCAUUCCUUGAAAUGUGUUCCUGUUGUGAAACAGCUAGGCUUGAAAAGCCAGGUUCUGCUGCCAUUAAUACUGUAUAAAUCUGGAGCAAUUAUGUGAAAGAUGGACUAAGUACUGUGGAGCUACUGUGAUUUGAACAAGAGGAGAAUUUGGCUUUUAGAAUUGAAUUUAGUCUUCCCUUUAAAAGGAUGCUGUCAAAAGUGAUAAAAUAAAAAAUUAGCCUACUUUUGGUUUUUUUCUACUGGCAAAACAUGUGAUUUUCCCAAGGCUACUUUUUCUUCUAAAACUGAAUCACAGUUUUCUGUUUCAGAAAUAUCCAGUUAAUUGAAAACAAAAUGCCAUACUGACAAGCUGUAUGAAUUACUGUAUAAUAACAACCGGAGAAUUUUACAAAUUUCUGUUCGUAUUAUACUCAAUUGUGACUGAAGCAGUUCAGCAUCAACAUUAUGUAAUCUAACUAGUAACUGGAUUUACAGAACAGGCUUCGUUAUGCAAUUAGAUUGCCAUGCCAACAUUCAGUGCAUUAUUAUAAGUGACUGUGGUCACAAAAUCACUUCAGCAAUGUCCUUUUCACCUUUCAUGCAGUUUUGUCUUUCUUCACCUGUUUUCUGGCAUUCAGUAAUGAUAAUGACAGGCUCUUGAUUAUAGAAUUAGAAAAUGUUUAACUACUCAUUUUUCUCAAUGAAAUGCUAUGAGUGUUCAUUAUGACUAGAAAGGAGACUUCAAUGAGAAGCAUAAUAACAGCGAGAAGAAUAUGAAAACAGGAAACUGGGUGAUCUUUAAUGACAGUGAAAUCAUGCUUUCUAUUAGAUAACUGGAGAAAUAAGGGAUUGAAUUAACAUAGAGUCUAGUGAGAAUUUAAGGAGGUCUGGGUUGAAUUCCUGGUUCUUCUUUAACUGUGCAAUGCAUUAGAGCUAAACAGUAUAUGAGUGUAAAUAAGCUGAAUGGGUCACAAAGGACCUGAUCCAAUUCUCCCUAAAGAGAAUAGUACAUGUAUCAGGACUGAAAGUUUUCUCACUUCUGUUUAGCUAGAAUACUUUCCAGAAUACUACAAUUUUAGGGCAUUUAAAGGAGCCCUAUGCAGUUCUUAAUUUCUCUCAUAUAGAACAAUGCAAAUAGCCUCUUCAGUUUACAGAAUAGUAUCAUAUCCUUUUUCUUCAUUCUGCCUCAAAGUUCUUUUAUUUAGGUUCCUCAUACUGUAAGAUAAUAUUUCAAUACUCAUUUUAAGCAAUAUUUGAAUUCGAAAAGAAAACAUACCUCUUAGAAUUUUUCAUACAAUAAAGGAAAAUCAGAAAAUCAACAACUGCACUUAACUCAUGAAAAAGAAUUGCAAGCUCUUCCUGACAUUCUAAAGUUAAAAUAUUCCGAUUAAAAGUCAAAUUGUGCUGUCCUUAGGUACAAGGAGAUCUUCGAGCUGCAGCCAUUACUUGAAAGCCUGCUGUCAGCUCAGCUGUGCAGCAGCGAAAUGUCCCUCCACAUUUGCCUUUAUGUAAAAUCCAAAUCAGCUCACAAAUCUUAACUUUGGUAAGAAAAGCAAUCACAUUUGUCUCCAGCGAUUUUAUGUAUUUUCAGAAAAUGCUGCUGAAUUGUUUUAGUUACAUUAUUGUAUCCAAAAUCUGUUACAUUUUUACACUUUUUUUCUCCCAAAGCUUUGUCUCAACCUUACUGAAUAAAAAUACUUGGAUAUAAAAAGAGAAAAGUACUUCUCUGAAGCCUUCUUUCAGAUUUCAUUCAGCAGUGUCUCUGUUCACUGCCUGUAACCCUAAGAUUUCACUGUUACAGAAGUAUUCCUCAUGCUGCUACCUAUGGGAAAUAAUUUAGGACUUGACUCAUUGCUUAAGCAGAGUUCUCAUCCCGAUCAGAACAGCCACAACCUUGGAAAGUGCAGCUUACAUCUCCAUUUAUUCUGGUUAUUAAAUCUUACUUACUUGAAAA